CCACUGUGCGCCCUCCCGGCCGCCCCGGCCGCUCCCGCCGCCGGCCCUUCCUCGGCCCCUUGCCACGCCGCCGGCGUGUCUUUCCACAUCCAGAUCGGGCUGACCCGCGAGUUCGUGCUGCUGCCCGCCUCCUCGGAGCUCGCCCACGUGAAGCAGCUCGCCUGCUCCAUCGUCGACCAGAAGUUCCCCGAGUGUGGUUUCUACGGCCUUUACGACAAGAUCCUGCUCUUCAAACAUGACCCGUCUUCGGCCAACAUCCUCCAGCUGGUCCGGGCUGCCUCGAACAUCCAAGAAGGGGACCUGGUGGAGGUGGUGCUUUCAGCGUCAGCCACCUUCGAAGACUUCCAGAUCCGGCCGCACGCCCUCAACGUGCAUUCCUACCGGGCGCCCGCUUUCUGCGACCACUGUGGCGAGAUGCUCUUCGGCUUGGUCCGCCAGGGCCUGAAGUGUGAUGGCUGUGGCCUGAACUAUCACAAACGCUGCGCCUUCAGCAUCCCCAACAACUGCAGUGGGGCCCGGAAGCGGCGCCUCUCGUCCACCUCGUUAGCUAAUUCCCAGUCACUGCGUCUCUCGACCACCGAUUCCUUGCCCUCGACAACAGAUGAUCUGGCCCUCAUUCUCCCCACCAACCAGAGCCGAAGCUCCGCGGACUCCUUCCCCCGGCGCCUGGCCUCCUCCACGUACAUCGGCCGCCCCAUUGAACUGGACAAGCUCUUCCUGUCCAAGGUCAAAGUGCCCCACACUUUCCUGAUCCACUCCUACACCCGCCCCACCGUCUGCCAGUACUGCAAGAAGCUCCUCAAGGGUCUCUUCCGCCAGGGGCUCCAGUGCAAAGAUUGCAAAUUCAACUGCCACAAACGUUGCGCAACUCGGGUGCCCAAUGACUGCCUUGGAGAGACACUCUUUAAUGGUGGAGAUGUGCAGAUGGAAGACGCCAGUGACCUCAGUGAGUCUGAGAAGAACUCACUCAUGGAUGAAUCGGACGACUCCGGCAUUGUCCCGGGGUCCCAUUCGGAGAGCGAGUUGCGGAUGAGUGAGGACACUGAUGACAUCAGCAAGGCCCAGGGCUCCGUGGGCUAUAUCCCUCUCAUGCGUGUCGUGCAGUCGAUCCGGCAGACGACCCGCAAGUCAAGCACGGUGCUGAAGGAAGGCUGGCUGGUCCACUUCAGCAACAAGGACACCCUGCGGAAACGCCAUUACUGGAGGCUGGACAGCAAGUGCCUGACCCUGUUUCAGAACAACACCAGCAGCCGCUACUACAAGGAGAUACCCUUGUCGGAGAUCUUGGUGGUGGAGCCGGCGCAGGACUUUUCCCUGAUGCCGCCAGGAGCCAACCCUCACUGCUUUGAAAUCGUGACUGCCAAUGCCACCUACUUUGUGGGAGAAAACAGCAUCACCAACAACCCCCAGCAUGGCGGAGACAGCGUGGAGAACGCCAGGGCGUGGGAGAUGGCCAUCCGCCAGGCCCUCAUGCCUGUGGUCCUUCAAGGGGCUUCAACUUCUCAGGGCCAGGAACCUCACAGACAAGAUUCAUUGAGAAUCUCAGUGUCCAACAGCCAAAUCCAGGAAAAUGUGGAUAUUGCCACCGUUUACCAGAUCUUCCCAGAUGAAGUCUUGGGCUCCGGGCAGUUUGGUGUUGUCUAUGGAGGGAAACAUCGGAAGACAGGCCGCGAUGUGGCCGUGAAGGUGAUUGACAAGCUCCGGUUCCCCACCAAGCAAGAAAGCCAGCUGCGCAACGAGGUGGCCAUCUUGCAGAGUUUGAGACACCCUGGGAUCGUGAACCUAGAGUGCAUGUUUGAGACGCCCGAGAAAGUUUUCGUGGUGAUGGAGAAGCUCCACGGGGACAUGCUGGAAAUGAUCCUGUCCUCCGAGAAGGGGCGGCUUCCUGAACGGCUGACCAAGUUUCUUAUCACACAGAUCCUAGUCGCCUUAAGACAUCUGCAUUUCAAGAACAUCGUCCACUGUGACCUCAAGCCUGAGAAUGUCCUCCUGGCUUCAGCUGAGCCGUUUCCCCAGGUGAAGCUGUGCGACUUCGGCUUUGCUCGGAUCAUUGGGGAGAAGUCCUUCCGCCGCUCCGUGGUCGGCACCCCGGCCUACCUGGCGCCCGAGGUGCUGCUCAAUCAGGGCUACAACCGCUCUCUGGACAUGUGGUCCGUCGGAGUCAUCAUGUACGUCAGCCUGAGUGGCACCUUCCCGUUUAACGAGGACGAGGACAUCAACGACCAGAUCCAGAACGCCGCCUUCAUGUAUCCGCCUAAUCCGUGGCGCCAGAUCUCAGUUGGAGCCAUCGACCUGAUCAACAACCUCCUCCAGGUGAAGAUGAGGAAACGCUACAGUGUCGAUAAAUCGCUCAGCCACGCUUGGCUGCAGGAUUACCAAACAUGGCUUGAUCUUCGGGAGCUGGAAAGCAGGAUGGGCGAGCGCUAUAUCACCCACGAAAGCGACGACGCCCGGUGGGAGCAGUUUGCCGCUGAGCACAGCCUGCCUUACCCGGACCAUCUGCGGGUUCGGCGGCUGGAAGAGGAAGACGAAGAGGAGGAGAGAGAGGAGGACGAGCAGCGGGAAUCGGAGAUGAAGGGCUUGACCGAGAGAGUCAGCGUGCUGUGACCGGAGGCUUGGAGGAAGGCUGGAUGAUGGGCAGCCGGGCAGCCUCGACUUUCAGGUGCCUCCGGGGAUGCCCUCCUCUCUGGGUGACCCUCCUUUGGAUGUGAGGCAGCAGCGGUCUCUGCUAGCAGUGUCAAAGGAGAACACAAUUGCCCUGAACUUGUACUCUUGUUUUCCCAUUGAAAACCCCCCACUUAGCAAAGGAUGGUGGCGAUCCGGAAAGGCUCAGAUUUAAUGGCGUGAAAGGGCCCUGGAUAAGCAUCUGCUGAAGAAGCCGAGGGUCUUCCGGACAGCAUUCGGACCCACGGUGGAAGAAGGCGGGAGGUGCCCCCAGCGACUUUUUUAAUCCAUCAACCGUACCUUGCAAGUCUGCUUACAAUAAGCUUGUGUGUUGUUGUAUCCCCUUCCAUGGAGGGGUGUGAGCUUGCCUGCGGAGUCUCCGACCUGGGAGCUUUGUGGGGACGGGGGAGGAGAUUUAAUAGUCCGUGUCUAACUGAAGCAAAAAAACAAAAACAAAACCAGAUUACAGUACUGGCUACUUAAAGAGGUACCUCUGGGGACAAUCAGACUCCGUGGCCAACGGCUCGCUCUCUACAUCCAAACCUUUGCUUCCCCCCCCACUCCUAUCCUCCCUCCCCCACCUUCGCCACCAGCAUUUUGGCUCCGUGUCUGUUUAAAAAGUUAAAACUCCAAAGCUGAACCGCAGCUCAGAAGACUAGUUCCUUGUGCAAUAAACACAGUGGCCUUUUCUUCCCCGAAGCUGCCGUUGACUGGAAGUCUUUGGGUCAACGUCUUGGCGUCAAAAAGAUUGGUAACGGCCAGAAUCCCUCAACCGACAUGGAAAAAAGGGAACCCAGUGGGAAAAGGUGGCUGUUUUUUGUGAAUAUGCAUGUGGUUUCUUUUUUUAACGUAAUAAUGAUCAUAAUAUUGGAA